UUUGACGGCCGAAGUUAGUGGGAGCGUUCCAUUGACUCUGAUUUAUUACUAACGAAAACAUGUCGCAACAAAUUGAUAUAAGCCAGUUACCAGUUCCUCAGUUAAAUGCCCUGAAUCAACAGCUUCAGGAGGAGAUUGAGUUUUUCACGAACUCACUCCAGCAGUUGAAGCAUGCCCAGGGAAAGUAUGUCGAGUCCCAGGAGAGCCUGAACAAAGUUGGACCAGAGAGUAAAGGCAAUGACAUUCUCGUGCCCCUCACAUCAUCUAUGUAUGUGCCCGGACAGCUGAGUGAUGUUGAGAAUGUACUAGUGGACAUCGGCACUGGAUACUACGUAGACAUGAGUGUGAAAGCUGCAAAGGAGUACUUCAAGCGCAGAAUAGAUUACAUCACUAAACAGAUCGAGAAAGUCCAGCCUGUUGUACAGGAGAAAUAUAAAAUGAAGCAAGUGGUGACUGAGAUCAUGCAGAUGAAGAUUCAGGCCCAGAUCCAAGCCCAGGGCGUGACCACCAAGACGUGAAUCUCCCUCGCGUGUUAGCUCAUUUUUAUGUAAUAAUUAUACUAAUAAAUCCUCAUUUCUAACACAA